AUGUACUCAAAUUCCAUGAGACGCCAGACUCAGAACUUCAUCAGUUAUCAUCACGUCACGGGCAUCAGUGACCCGCAUGCCCAGAUGACAAGUCUGUGGAACCCUGUUUACGAAGCCCCGCUGGAGCAGUGGUCACAUUAUGGCCACAGCGCGGGUUUCCCCGGUUCGAACCCUGUUAUGGAACAGAUACGUGUCAGUUCCACUGAACUGACUUCCAUCUCGCCUGCCGGUCCCGGAAUUCUCCCGUCACUCGAUUCACAUACCAGGCAGUACUCUCCAGACUCACAGAGAAGAAACUCGUACACUGGGAUCAGACGAAAUGUACAUUCAUCCAGCACUGGAGGGAAGACACGCACCAAGGACAAGUACAGGGUGGUGUACACAGACCAGCAGCGCCUGGAGCUAGAGAAGGAGUUCCAGUCCAGUAGAUACAUCACCAUCAGGAGGAAGACAGAACUUUCCCUGGGCCUCAGCCUCUCAGAGAGACAGGUGAAGAUCUGGUUCCAGAACAGGAGAGCCAAGGAGAGGAAGAUAACCAAGAAGAAGAUCCAGCUGUCCCAGCAGGCUUCUACGACCACUCCCACCAUGACCCCACCCAGUCUGGCUGACCCCAGCAACGGUUCCAUGGCAACCAGCUCCAGCAGCUUGUUGUCAGAGACGAUAUCAACGACAAUCAAAGAGGAGUACUGAGGAGUUCCUUUACCGUAGACAAACUGUACAACACUGGAAUAAACAUAUCAAACUGGUAUUCCAGUAUAUUUACUGAAAUAUUAGGAAUAGGAAAUCAAUGAGGAUAGUGGAGCCUGAUUCCACUAGUCCUUUUGUUUGGGCAGUGAAAGUCUGCCAGGCCUUUUAUUGCUUGUAUGUGCCUGUUUGUCAAUUUAGCUCGCCAGCUUGUAGUCCUAAAAAACAGACAUGAGUUACCUCUGGUU